UUCGCGUUGUCAACAAAUCAAGUCCAAUGGAUUCCAACUGAUACCCACCCAAUGCACACAUAGAUUACCGGACCACCCACAGAUUCCCAACCCGACACCCAUGCCCAAACCAUACCAACGCAGGAAGAAAUUCUCUGCGUAAGCCAUAACAUAAACCUCCCAUUCUUUCCCAAAGGUGGCGAAGACGCGGGAGAACAAUGUUACGACGUCUUCAGUAUGCACUAUGCGAACCCCAACAUAGAUGGGUUCCACUCGCCCGAGAUUGAUGAGAUCGAGCGAGUGUGUGGAACAGCCUGCAACAAUGGAAGCUAUGUCUUCCUCAACACAACCUUUAAGACCCCUUUCUAAGUUAAUUAAAGGUCGAUUCUUUUUCUUUAAGUUGUUAGUAAAUUGAAAGAAUGAAAGAACGGGGUUAAAUUGAGGGGCAAAAUUUGAUGAGAGAAAUGGAAAGGGGAUUAGGGUUGGGACCAGGAGGAGGCAGCAUUCAUUUCACUAAAGAUGAUGAGGUGAGAGUGGAGUAAUGGCUAUGGAGGAAGAGUGAGGGAUGUUGGGCUUCUGACACAUAAGUAUUUUCCAAAUUGUUUGCAAGUUUGCAAAAAAAUAAAAAUAAAAAAUCAAGAUUCUCAACUAUUCACUAGUAUAAGGAACUUGUUUAAUGCAAAUGACCUGCUAAUAUAGUGGUUUGGAGCAAAUGCUUUCUCAGGAAAGGUUUUGGGUUUAAGUCUUAACAUUCAUGUAGUGUGUGAAUUUAGUAUGCUAUCGUCUUCUCAAUAAAAACGGUAUAUACCACAUGUUUUAGCAAAUUAACAAAUUAUUACAUGCCGGCAACUCACCCAACAGGAACUAAAGAGAUUUAAAUACUGAAAUCACGUGGAUGAAUGCAAUGAAAAAAAUAAUGUAUAGUGGUACGUGCAAUCGGCUCAACCAAUGUACAAAAACUGGUCUAAUAAACAACUGGAUAGCAGACUAGCAUUGCUGUUCAUUAGACCAGGUCUUCUGUGUUACCAAGUCAAUGUCAAUGGAUUCCACAACUCUAUCCUUCUCUUUUUGUGUUCUUUAUAUAUAGAGGGUCUUUGUUACGAAACUCAGGCUUGGAGCAAAAGAUGGCUUCAGAGAUCAAGGUUAAAGUCAUUCACAAGGAAACAAUUAAACCAUCCUCUCCAACUCCUCACCACCUUAAAAACACCAGCCUCUCUGUUUUUGAUCAGAUCACAUCUGAAGUUUAUGUCCCACUACUUCUCUUCUAUCCCAUCAGUAGUGAUGAGGUCAAUAAUAUUGAUAAACGUUCUUUGUUUGCUGAAAAAUCCAACCAUCUAAAAAUAUCAUUAUCUGAAAUCCUAACUCACUUCUACCCCUGGGCUGGAGAAUUCGUAUAUAAUUCUUCAAUCAGCUGCAAUGACCAGGGAGCUGCAUUUGUUGAAGCCAGAGUCAACUGUCCCAUAUCACAGAUUUUGGGCCAACCAGAUCUUGUGAUACAGAAACAAUUGGUUCCAAAUGAUAUAGAAUGCAGGACAAAAUCAGGCAAAGGCUAUCUUCUACUAGUUCAAGCCAACUUCUUUGAAUGUGGUGGAGUGGCAAUUGGAGUCAGCAUUUCACAUAAGAUCGGUGAUGCUUAUACACUAAGCAAAUUCAUUAAUAGUUGGGCUGCAAUUGCCCUUGACUCCACUACUACUACUGAUGUACUGCCUCCUGCACAAUUUGGUGCUGCAGCAUCUCUUUUGCCACCUCUGGAUUUCCUCAAUUCACCUCAACCUCCUGUGGAAUUUGUCCACGAAAAUUGUGUAACAAGGACAUUAGUGUUUGAAGCCUCAAAUAUUGCUGCUCUCAAGUCCAAAGCUGCCAGUGCCACCGUGCCAAACCCAACGCGCGUUGAAGUAGUGUCAGCGCUCAUUUGGAAAUGCGUAAUGGAAGCAUCACGAUCAAACUUGGGUUUUGUAAGGCCAUCCUCGUGGUGUCAAUUUGUGAACAUGCGGAAAGUUUUGGUUCAGCACUCGGCAGACGACUUGUUGGGAAAUUUCUUCGGGCACUUUGUAGCAAAGACAGAGGAAAGUGAAGUAGAUCAUGAUGUUCAAAGCUUGGUUGCUAAAAUGAGGAAGAGCUUUGAGGAAUUGAAGGUAAAUUUUGCUAAUGGAAUUAGUGGGGAGGAUGUGUUGCAGCUCUGCAAAGAGUUAGGGGAGCUCAUUGGAAAGGUGGAUGUAGACAACUAUUGUUCCACCAGUUGGUGCAGGUUUCCCUUCUACAAAGCCAAUUUUGGAUGGGGAAAGCCAUCAUGGAUGAGUAUGCCAGCUGGUGCUGUAGAAAUCAAGAACAUAAUCUCAUUGAUGGAUGUAAGAGAUGGGAAUGGUAUACAAGCACGCUUGAGUUUGAACGCGGAAGACAUGGCCGUAGUUGAAAGUAACCGGGAGCUGCUUACAUAUGCUUCUUUGAACUAUGAGGUUCGUCACAAUAACUCAUACCUAAACUUUGAAGACCCAACAAUUUGGUACCCAAACUUAUGGAACCCUACAAAUGAGACCCUCCAUUAAUCAAACCAUCAAUUGGUCUAUUAAAUUCUGAUGUAGCAAACGUGCGUCCCAUUUUUUAUCCAUAAUUUAUGAAUUUUCUUUUUCAUUUUUCGUUUUUCUUAGUCCAAUUCUCUGAUCUAUCUAUGAUUUCCCCUAUGUGUGUUUUUUAUGUUUAUUAAUCAAAUUCGAAUUCGCUUGUACCGUUGAC